AUGCGUCUUUAUUUUUUGCUAGGCCAACCCUACAUUCGUCUCCGUGGUUCAAAUAUACCUCUUGAAGGUCUUGUUGAAGUCUUUCACCUAGGGACCUGGGGCACAGUGUGUGAUUACAACAAUGAGAUCUUCGCGACGAGUGCUCGAGUGGUAUGCCGGGAACUCGGUUUUUACGAUGCGAUAAAGCAACGUUGGAGGCGUCAGAUCGCCAGUGGAAAGAUUUGGUUAGAAGCUGUGAAAUGUCGGGGUGACGAGAAAUCCUUGGUAUUUUGUUCGCAUAAUAACUGGAAGAAUGCUGGUUGUAGCCAUUAUUGGGAUAGAUACGUUAAAUGUAAGUACGUGCGUAUCUUGGGGAGGAAAAAUUAUUUACUGAAUCGGAGUAGCAGAAUGCCACUCGCUUAUUACUAAAGGAUAUUGAUCAUACCAAAUACAUGCUGACAGUGUACUCUAAAAACACCAUACUCAAAAGUUUCUGGUUAACCUAAAUUAACACUGUUUGGGGUAUUUAAUGUUCCAGGUUAAAUUUUCUGCUUAUAAUUUAACCACAGCCCUAGCUAUUUAACCAAAAUUCCUGAAUGCCUGGUUAUUAUUCCAGCUGACAUAGUCUGAUUAAUUCAACCAUAUAGCCUGGUUAAAUAACCAGGAAUCCUGGCUAAAUCACGACGGUUCUCCUAACUGAGGGAAUUUAUGUGAUGUUAUGACAACGAUAUAUGUUGUUGAUUCCAUUGUACUUUUCUUUUGAAGACAAUAUACAAUUUUCAGAAGAAUACAUCCUUUCGAUAAUUACGUCGCGACAACUUCUUUGACCCAGCAGCCUUGUUUUAUGAAUUAAGACAACAAGACAAUUCGCUGAGGGUACAUGAAAAUUAGGCUCCUAUGAUAAGGAAAGAUAUGUGAUCUAAUUACCACAAAGGUGCACUGUAUUUACCAAAAUGGUUUGAAGAAACAAGAUCUUAAAUUGUUUUUAGGUUCUAUUUGUUCAAAUGGCCUCCUCGAAAAUAUUACCGCGUUCCCAGACUCUGUCUUUGGUGCAAGUGCAGCACGGUUUCCAGACUUCGGCCCCUGUUCCGCGCGGUUGUACAGCUCUCAGCCUUGGUGCUUACCUCCAAACCACACUGAUGAAAAUCAAUUCCUCGAGAUUAGUUUAACAAGAAUUUUCUCCCUAUCGACAGUAGCUACCGCUGGUGGAGAUUUGGGAUAUGUGACGUCAUAUAUGCUGUCUUACAUGGUCAGCGGAUAUUCGUGGAAGUAUGCUGCUGUUGGGGCAAAACAGGUUAGGAUUUCUUAUACGGAAUUUGGAUUUUUCUUGGAAAACAUAUUUAAGAAGAAAGCGCAAUAGCUACAGUAGUAGAAAUUAAAGAAUGGUAGUUACACACCCUGCAUGGUUAACCCUGGGUAAACUAGGAAACAAUUUAGCGAUUACAUUUCAACAUUCUGAUAUUUCCUUGAAUGUUUUCCGUUUGUCACUUGCCUUGGAAACAUUGGUAGGGGUAAAAUAUUUGUUUCCCAGAAAGCUUAAAUGGUUUCGUUAAAAAAUUUUCAGUUUUCCCACCUUCGGGAAAAUAACUAGCAAAGAGUUUCUCCACCUUAGAACCACGUGACUUGGAGAAACUGCUACCUUCCCCACUCAUCUUCGGGAAUCAUGUCUAAGUAACAAUGUGUCUUGGUUUGCCCAUCUUCAGGAAACAUAUCGUUGACGGGAGGGGGCAGUCAAACUACCUGAUAUUUUUAAAGGAGUUUGGGGAGGGGGUUAAUCGGGAGUAUCGGGUGAACAUAGAAUAAAUUAAUAUUUAGAUCGUCAGAGGGCCUGGAAAUGCAGUUAAAGUUUUGAAUUUUUAACUUGCUUCACUUUCAACUUCCACGUUUGCCUGUCAAUGCUCUUAUAAUCAGUUACUUGAAAUUUAGCUCAAAUCACCUCUAAAUUUACCUGCAAUUACUCGUAAACAACCCCACACACUCCCAGAUUACUACGUCCCUGAACACGAUUAUGAAUUAAUAUUUCCUGGUUUGCUCACGUCCGGGAAACAUGGCUUGGAUCAAAUAUAUCUUUCCAUUAAGAAUUUUUCUAAUUUAAAUUUUACUUUCAACUUUUUAAUUAAGCAAAUCUCUUAAGGUGGAAACUUGGACCAGUUUCCCAUUUGAGUAAUAGUUAGAAGUGUUCUUCGUUUCGUUUCAUUUCAGCUAAUAUUUGGCAAUAAUAAUGGCGAAACACACAAUGUCAUCAGAAGAGAUCUAGAUAAUGCAAUUCACGCACAAAGAGUGAGAUUUAUUCCUAAAACAUGGCAGCAUAUUCCCUGUAUGCGGGUGGAACUAUGUGGAAGAGGUUAGAAAAAAUACUGUCAUUUAAUUCAUUAUGUCAUUAAUAUCGAUUAUUUUCUAUUUUUGCAUUCCAUUUGCCAUAUCAAUUGAAAUACACGAGCGUUGCGUGCCAUUGCAUGCCUCGUUCUUUAAAACGUCAUUUUAGUCGUGGAUUCCUGGAAUAGUGAAGUUUACGAAUUCAAGCAGUCUUGCGUUAAUAAUUAAAACAGAUUUAUAAAAGAUCGACGCAGUUGACUGACAAUAGACCUAUAAUAUACUCGGCGCAUGACUUUAAAUUAUGAGCGAACGAAUUACUGAUGGCGGGGGGAAUGAAGGGAUUCUCAAUACUAUGAAUACACAAUGCAAGAUUUCGAUCAUUGGAUCGUAACUUGAUGGCACAGUUAGUGCGUUAUGUGCUUUGCAAAAGGCCAUUCCUUGCGACUCACAUCCUUCGACUAUAAUUAGGCCUAUAUAGAUUGUGUUCGGCAACUUAUUAGCAAAUUUUCGAGAUUUGAGCAACUUGUUGCUUUUCGAGCAAUCGAGGAACUUUUCCUUCCAGAAGAAAAGUUGCAUUGCUUCAAUUUCUAACAUGUUUAUCCAUAAUAAAAUGGAUACUCUUUUUGAAAUUUGGGAGCAACUUUUACUCAAUUAUAAUUCAGUAGAACAAUCGAUCAAGGCCUACAACUGAUCCCAUUUCAUCCGUUUAAAAGAUAAAUAUAUAGUUAUUCUAAAACAUUUAAUUUAGAAAUAGCUCGAUGUAAUCCGCAAAACGUCACGACUGAAAACCUAACUUCAAGUUCAGUAUUAAUAUCUUGGCUCUCCCUACGUGUUUCCACCAAAACCAAGACUCUACACAAGAACUAUUCGGUAACUAUAACAAGCGAUGUAGACCAACACAUCCUGCAGAAUUAUAACAUCACUGAACUAACGUUUCUGUUCAUAACAAACCUGAUUCCAUAUCAUCGUUAUACAUACAUAGUAAAAGCUAUUGGUCUGGAAGAGUGUUUUGAGGAAGACUUAAAGCUUUAUUUUCAAACCAAACAAGCUGGUAAGUAAUUUUCAGUUUUAAAACAGUUCCUCUUACGUCGUACGAAUAUUCAUUAUAUUACUGAAAAAUAUCAAUUAUAAUAAAUUUAUAACGUCAUCCACCAUAUAUGAGCUAUUCUACAACCUGAUACUGUAGCCCUUCCCUAUUCUGAUUGGUUUGUUGAGCUAUUUUAUUAUUAUUAUUAUACAGUAUUAGAUACUCCCAAUUGGGCUUUUCAGGAUCUAAUUACAAAUAUGAAAUUCUAUAUCUAAAAUAUCUAAAAACUAAUUUUGAGUUUUGACCUAAGGUAUAACAUAUAGUUCUAAAAUAUUCUAUAAAUCUGUUAAAAAAACCACUUUCAGUUAAGAAUUCUUCUAAUAACAUACAAAUGUUUGUAUUCUACUUUAAAUUGAGUCAAACUAUCAAAUUUUUUUUAAAGACUGAGGUAGAGAAUUCCUCAAGGACACAGCCCUAUAAUGAAAUGUUCGUUAACCAGCAGUUGAUCUGUACAUUGGAAUAUCCAAAACCUUCUUUUGCCUUGUAUUAACGUCAUGAACAUCUGACCUGACAUGAAACUUCUCACACAAAUAUGAUGGUGCCAACCCCUUCAGGCAUUUGAACGCAAAAAUGGCUUCUCUUAAUUUAAUUUUAACAUAUAUUUGAUUGGAAGCCAGCCCAGUUGUUGCAGAACAGGAGUCACGUGAUCGUAUUUUCUUGUUCCGGUAAAAUACGUGCAGCAAAGUUCUGGACCGCUUGAAGCUUUUAAAUAUUUCUUUGGGAUGUAGGCUAUUAGACCAAACAGCAGAGCAGUAAUACAUUUUACUAAAAAUCAGGGAGUUUAUAAUAAGAAUUAAUGUUUUUCUGACAAAGAUAUGUUUAACUCUGCUAAUUUGACCCAAUUCCGCGAUAGAAGAUGAAACAACGCUUGCGAUAUGUAAUUCAUCGUAGCACAAACAUGCACGAGUCCAAUAUCAUCCCUAAAUCCUUUGCAACAGCAACUUGGGUAAUAAUCUCACCAAGGAUAUAUGAAAAUUAUAUGAAAAUGUCCAGGUACUUGUUCUAACAUUUGCCUAAUAUCUAAUAUAAGCAUCUUAGUUUUUUUUUGGAUUCGCCAACAAACUGUUAAGAGAGCACCAGGCGGAAAUGUCUUAUGUGAGUUUCAUAGCUGCCAUCUCGGCAUCCCCGAUAUAUAUAUAUAUAUAUAUAUAUAUAUAUAUAUAUAUAUAUAUAUAUAUAUAUAUAUAUUAUACAAAAUAAAGGCCACGACCAAAAGAAAUUAGAAUAUAUAAUUCAAAAAUUUUAAAUUUUCGACUGCAUGUAACAGCCUUCGUCAGAAACUAAGUACAAACUAAAUCAAAUAAGUCUCUUAUAUAUCCUAUGUGUAAACUAAUUAGAAAUUCUAAUUACAAGAUAGUAAAUACAAAUGCAUUGGUACUAUUGUUGCACGAAGUCGUGAUGACCAUUAAGUCCCCCCUGGUUGGUUAACAAGGUACCAAUCCAGAAAUUCUCACAUUCUCUAAGAGUGUGAUGACUUUGAUCAAUCAACAUAAAUUUUAAACUAGAGUGGUCAGCACCAUGCAUGGCAAUCCAAAAAAUGAUUGACAAUAGCAAUUGUCUUUGUCUAUCACUAAGCUUAAUUAGUUAUCAUUAUUGUAAUAUUUGCAUAUUAUUGGUGUAUAUAUAUACGUUAGAAAUUAUUAGUAAUAUUAUUUCUGAGGAAGGCUGAGACAUUCAGUCGAAAAUUAAAACUUUAUUACUUUAAUACAUUUUUAGUAUUGGUUUCUCUCGGAUCGUAGCCAGCUAUUCUGUUGUAUAUAAAUGUUGAACUGGCUGAUACGAAUAUUGUAUUUUGUCAUCUAUAUAUAUAUAAGACCUAAGACUUAAGACCUUUCUUUUUAAAAAGGCAUUUAUCUUUAAAUAUAAUAGUAAAUUUGAACUUCCCGCUGACAUUCGUGAGGCGUAAACAGUGGAAACUUUUAAAUACAGACUUAAGACCUUCCUUUUUUAAAACGGCAUUUUAUCUUUAAAUAUAAUAGUAAAUUUUAAACAUGUAUAUAUAGGUAUCAUCUCAUACUUUAUAACAUUUUAUUUGAAUUUGUAAUGAUAGCGCUUUAGAACAUUUAUAGUUUUUAGCGCUUUAUAAAUUAAUAAAUUAUUUAUUAUUAUUAUAUAUAUAUAUAUAUAUAUAUAUAUAUAUAUAUAUAUAUAUAUAUAUAUAUAUAUAUAUAUAUAUAUAUAUAUAUAUAUAUAUAUAUAUAUGACAAAAUACAAUAUUCGUAUCAGCCAGUUCGACAUUUAUAUACAACAGAAUAGCUGGCUACGAUCCGAGAGAAACCAAUACUAAAAAUGUACUAAAGUAAUAAAGUUUUAAUUUUCGACUGAAUGUCUCAGCCUUCCUCAGAAAUAAUAUUACUAAUAAUUUCUAACGUAUAUAUAUACACCAAUAAUAUGCAAAUAUUACAAUAAUGAUAACUAAUUAAGCUUAGUGAUAGACAAAGAAGUCACUGUUGCACAAAAUCAUGACUAUCAUUUAACCCUCCCCGAUUAGUCAAAAGGGUCCCAAUCCAGAAGUUUUCACAUUCCAACAGAUUACCACAACGCUGAUCAAUUAGCAUAAAUUUCAAAUAUGAAUGAUCAGCCCCGUGGCAAUCCAGGAAGUGAUUAACAAUACUACAAGUUCUGUGCCCACGCUUAAUGUGUGACUUGUAGUUUGCAAGGCGGGCCUUAAAAUUAACAGUAGAACCAACACCCUGUAAACCACAAGCCAAACAUUCGGCAAGAUAUACCACUGCCUUGGACGUACAUGCAUGUAAGCGAUUUACAGAUUUUAGAAACUUUCUUGGUAAUAACGGAACGAAAAGUGUGCCCUUCUAACAAAAAAUUCUUACAGCAGUCACAACGCUUUGCUGUACAAUUAAAACAACCGAAUUGUUCUACUUCAGUAUUUUCCUUGCCAUAUGGGUUGGAGGGAGCCAAUAACUCCUUUAAAUUGGCGUUGCGCUUAAAAGACACACGAAUAACCUUCUCGGGUAGAAUAUCUCUAGCCUUCUCAUCACCACAGAUAAUGGACUUGUGAUGUUUAUUUAUGAUUUUUCGUAUGUCUGGUCCACGCGGAUUAUACUUAGUAACUAAACAACAAUAUCCUUCAUUGGACUUAUUCUUACUUUUGCGUGCAUCUUCCCUAGAAAUUUUACCUACUUCCCUAAAUUUAUCUAAGACAUGUUCUUUUUCGUGUCCGCAUUCAAUUAAAUAAUUGGCAUAUUCCGCACUUUUGGCACGAAAGUCCUCUUCCUUGGAGCAUAUCCUACGUAGUCUAAGCGCUACACCCUUUGCGAUACCCAGUAUCUGUGAUCUGGGGUGACACGAAUUGCCAUUCAGAUAUAAAUGCGCAUCAGUGGGUUUACUAUAAACCGACGUUUCCAAACGACCUUCUUCGAUCGUAAUAAAAAGGUCCAGAAAACUCAAAGAACUCCCGCCUACUUCCAUAGUAAAUUGUAAAUAGGAGUCGAAUGAAUUUAAUGUAUUGAAAAAACUGUGCAGUCUUUCCACCGUACCACGCCAAAGUGCAAAUGUGUCGUCCCGAAAACGAAACCAGGAUCGCAAUUCAGGGUACAACGCCUUAGACUCUAAAACCUUUUUAUCGAUGUUCUCCGCUACAAUAUCUGCAUAGGAACAAGAAUUUUUAGGUCCCAUGGCAGUACCAUUCUUUUGAAGCCAAAAUUGUCCACGGUAAGUAGAACAAUUUUUCUUCAAACAAAUUUCUAAUGCCUCAAUAAUGCAUUCAACAGGCAGAUCCAAACUAUCCGAGAAUUUCGUUAAUUUGCAACGAACUCUCUCUACCCCCGUGUCAUUAUCUAUAGAAGGAAACAUGUUGAUAAUAUCAAAACUCACCAACAUGUCUCCGUCUAAUAUUCCUUUUUCAUUGAGACUAUCAAUUAUCCCCAGCAUGUGCGAAGUAUCCCUUACACGGCAAGAAAUGGAAUCCACUACAACUUUACAAUACUUUUCCACAAACAGAGACAAAUUCUCCGUGGGAGUACCACAGCCAGAAGUUAUAACUCUAGCUGGGUUGUUGACCUUAUGUGUUUUUAUCAAGGGAUAAUUCACACCUGGGUGAGCAUUGGUAUUCUCAGUAAUAAAUUCAAUCCACUUAUCUGAUAAUCCCCAAGGCUUCCACUUAUCUACCCACUUGUCAAUUUCUACAAUAGUUUUUUGCGAAGGAUCUUCGCUUAAAACUUCAAAAGAACUCCAGUCCAUCUGUUCCUUCACUUUUCUCUGAUCUAAUUCACUGUUUAAAAACACAAAAUUGUUACCUUUAUCUUGUAUUCGUAUGACCGAAUUACGUUUCUCCACUGGUGUAGAACGAAAUUCUUUCAAAGCCUUUCUUUCUUCCGGUGUUACAUUAUCAGGAACAUUCUUAAACGCAGUUUCUUUAAACAGAUCUUUCUCAACACGGUCGAGAAACACUUCAAUUGCAGAAACUCCAGCCAAUGGAGGGUCUUUAGUCGACUUUCGUCUGGGUGGAUUCAAAAUGUUUUCGUCGCGUGUCCCUGGUUUAUCAUGGGAAUGAAAGAAUGCCCGCCAUCUCACCUUCUUUGUAAAUUGCAGCCAAUUUUGCUGUAAAUCAUUCCAAUCUACACUAACUGGUGUAGGAACAAACGAUGGGCCUCUUUUGCAAAGUUCUGCUAAUGCUGGAUUAAUCGGUACCUCGGUAAGAUUGAUUGGUUGAUGUCUCGCUUGAGCGGUAGAGUUUGCUGCUGUUGUUGGGUUGCAAAUGCUGGUGUUGUUUCCAAGCGUAGGUUGAAUGUUAUCACGACAUACUUUUGUAACCGCUUUCUCUCAUUGAUGUCGUUGAAUUUCUUAGUCCUUUCUUCUAAUUUCUGCAAGAUAUGACUUUCUUCCAACGGAUAUUGUUCUCUCAAAGUGCACAACCUCCAUGUUUCUUGUUUCUUUAACAUUAGCUGUUUAUGUUUAUAAAAUCCUUUAAAAGCACUCAUAAGUUUGAAUGAACAUGUUUUGAGUAUUGAUUUAACUCUUAACUGCAGAUCUGCGUCGACCGUUCCAGAGUGAAACUUUAACUGAAAUCCUCUAGGAACCACUUUCCGAGUUUGAUAAUGCGUAAGCAGUGUAAUAUGGUGUUGAAACCGAAGCGAUUUCUCGCGGCAUGAAAAUAAACCAUUAAUUAAAAACCUAACAUUAUUCCCUUCGAAUCGCUUCAUGGAUAACGAAUAAAGUAGGACUAUAUAGAUGACAAAAUACAAUAUUCGUAUCAGCCAGUUCGACAUUUAUAUACAACAGAAUAGCUGGCUACGAUCCGAGAGAAACCAAUACUAAAAAUGUACUAAAGUAAUAAAGUUUUAAUUUUCGACUGAAUGUCUCAGCCUUCCUCAGAAAUAAUAUUACUAAUAAUUUCUAACAUAUAUAUAUAUAUAUAUACACCAAUAAUAUGCAAAUAUUACAAUAAUGAUAACUAAUUAAGCUUAGUGAUAGACAAAGAAGUCACUGUUGCACAAAAUCAUGACUAUCAUUUAACCCUCCCCGAUUAGUCAAAAGGGUCCCAAUCCAGAAGUUUUCACAUUCCAACAGAUUACCACAACGCUGAUCAAUCAGCAUAAAUUUCAAAUAUGAAUGAUCAGCCCCGUGGCAAUCCAGGAAGUGAUUAACAAUACUACAAGUUCUGUGCCCACGCUUAAUGUGUGACUUGUAGUUUGCUUGUUCUGGCUGUGGUACUCCCACGGAGAAUUUGUCUCUGUUUGUGGAAAAGUAUUGUAAAGUUGUAGUGGAUUCUAUUUCUUGCCGUGUAAGGGAUACUUCGCACAUGCUGGGGAUAAUUGAUAGUCUCAAUGAAAAAGGAAUAUUAGACGGAGACAUGUUGGUGAGUUUUGAUAUUAUCAACAUGUUUCCUUCUAUAGAUAAUGACACGGGGGUAGAGAGAGUUCGUUGCAAAUUAACGGAAUUCUCGGAUAGUUUGGAUCUGCCUGUUGAAUGCAUUAUUGAGGCAUUAGAAAUUUGUUUGAAGAAAAAUUGUUCUACUUACCGUGGACAAUUUUGGCUUCAAAAGAAUGGUACUGCUAUGGGACCUAAAAAUUCUUGUUCCUAUGCAGAUAUUGUAGCGGAGAAUAUCGAUAAAAAGGUUUUAGAGUCUAAGGCGUUGUACCCUGAAUUGCGAUCCUGGUUUCGUUUUCGGGACGACACAUUUGCACUUUGGCGUGGUACGGUGGAAAGACUGCACAGUUUUUUCAAUACAUUAAAUUCAUUCGACUCCUAUUUACAAUUUACUAUGGAAGUAGGCGGGAGUUCUUUGAGUUUUCUGGACCUCUUUAUUACGAUCGAAGAAGGUCGUUUGGAAACGUCGGUUUAUAGUAAACCCACCGAUGCGCAUUUGUACCUGAAUGGCAAUUCGUGUCACCCCAGAUCACAGAUACUGGGUAUCGCAAAGGGUGUAGCGCUUAGACUACGUAGGAUAUGCUCCAAGGAAGAGGACUUUCGUGCCAAAAGUGCGGAAUAUGCUAAUUAUUUAAUUGAAUGCGGACACGAAAAAGAACAUGUCUUAGAUAAAUUUAAGGAAGUAGGUAAAAUUUCUAGGGCAGAUGCACGCAAAAGUAAGAAAAAGUCCAAUGAAGGAUAUUGUUGUUUAGUUACUAAGUAUAAUCCGCGUGGACCAGACAUACGAAAAAUCAUAAAUAAACAUCACAAGUCCAUUAUCUGUGGUGAUGAGAAGGCCAGAGAUAUUCUACCCGAGAAGGUUAUUCGUGUGUCUUUUAAGCGCAACGCCAAUUUAAAGGAGUUAUUGGCUCCCUCCAACCCAUAUGGCAAGGAAAAUACUGAAGUAGGACAAUUCGGUUGUUUUAAUUGUACAGCUAAGCGUUGUGACUGCUGUAAGAAUUUUUUGUUAGAAGGGCACACUUUUCGUUCCGUUAUUACCAAGAAAGUUUUUAAAAUCUGUAAAUCGCUUACAUGUACGUCCAAGGCAGUGGUAUAUCUUGCCGAAUGUUUGGCUUGUGGUUUGCAGGGUGUUGGUUCUACUGUUAAUUUUAAGGCCCGCCUUGCAAACUACAAGUCACACAUUAAGCGUGGGCACAGAACUUGUAGUAUUGUUAAUCACUUCCUGGAUUGCCACGGGGCUGAUCAUUCAUAUUUGAAAUUUAUGCUGAUUGAUCAGCGUUGUGGUAAUCUGUUGGAAUGUGAAAACUUCUGGAUUGGGACCCUUUUGACUAAUCGGGGAGGGUUAAAUGAUAGUCAUGAUUUUGUGCAACAGUAACUUCUUUGUCUAUCACUAAGCUUAAUUAGUUAUCAUUAUUGUAAUAUUUGCAUAUUAUUGGUGUAUAUAUAUACGUCAGAAAUUAUUAGUAAUAUUAUUUCUGAGGAAGGCUGAGACAUUCAGUCGAAAAUUAAAACUUUAUUACUUUAGUACAUUUUUAGUAUUGGUUUCUCUCGGAUCGUAGCCAGCUAUUCUGUUGUAUAUAUAUAUAUAUAUAUAUAUAUAUAUAUAUAUAUAUAUAUAUAUAUAUAUAUAUAUAUAUAUAUAUAUAUAUAUAUAUAUAUAUAUAUGUAGAUAUAUAGGCUUUAUGGUUAAGGGAACAAUUCAUGGUCCAUUUCCCACAGUAAGUUAGUUUAAAAUGAUAAUGUGUAUCGUCUUAUGAUAGACAUUAUAUUUCUGAAAACGAAUGUUUACCUGCAUGGAACGAAAUUUGCAGAGAUUCAUGUCGAUGCAUGAUUAGUAUAAUUUUCAUGCUGGUCAACCGACUCACGCACGACUGAAGCAACGUAGGCUAUAGCGACAGUAUCUAUGCCAUGAUUUUGUCGCGUACUUCAUUUGUCUAUAUUAUAAGAGCUACACAAUAGCUUGUUGUAAAAGAGGUAUUGGUAUAAUCAGUAAAUUAAAAGUAUACCAUCUUAUCAUUCACUUUUUAUCUGUUGUGGACACCGACGCGCGGAUGCCAGACUGUGGCAAUAGCUCUUCUCUAGUAAAGCGCAUGUAUAUGAGUUGGAAAACACUUAUCUGAAGGUAGUCAAAAGUUUUCUGCAUGUUUAUAAUAUAUUUCGACAAAAGCGAGCUUUACUAGAGGCUGGGCAAAUAGUUUAUAGAGGAGUGGCAACAUGGAGGCUGGGUGGAGAUUUUGCUCCUCCGCUUUGUAUGAUAAAAAGGCCCUGUUAUAAACACAUUAGUAUAGCAUAUGUCGACGAACUAGUAUACUAGGUAAAAUUAGUUUCAAUGGACUCACAUUUCUUUUUCACCAGUUUUGACGUUUGAACCAGUUCGGUUUGUCUACCUGUUUCUAGCAUUGAGAAUGGACAGUUUAUUAAAAGACAGUUAGUGGAUAGGUUUUUUUGUUAUACGUAAUUAUUAGGCACCACUAUACAACUGUAAAAUUACAUUAUUUUAUUUUUGUCUUUUAUUGCAGUUUCGGGAAAAAAUUGUGCCAGUUUAUAUAAAGCCGGACAAAGGUUUGAUGGUGUAUAUACAAUCAAUCCAGAUGGCUUGGGAUCUUUUCGAGUUAUGUGUGACAUGCAAACAGACGGCGGAGGCUGGACAGUGUUUCAAAGAAGACAAGACGCAAGUGUGGAUUUUUAUCGCGGUUGGCAAGAUUAUAAAUAUGGUUUUGGUGAUUUGAACGGAAAUUUCUGGCUUGGGUUGGAAAAAAUACAUCGUUUGACAAAAUCUGAUCAAAAUAUCCUAAGAGUUGACUUGAUCAAUUUUAACUACGAAAAGGCCUACGCAAAGUAUGGAACUUUUUCGGUGGCUUCUAAAUCUGAAAGUUAUAAACUGAAAGUUGGCAGCUUUUCAG